AUGCAGCGAGACGAUGGUUUUGUUUACUGUUACGGCAAUUUGUACAGCCUGCUGCUCUACUGGGGAUUGAUCACGAUCCGGGUGAGGAGUCCGAGUCAAGGAGGAGCUGUUUCAACCAGGUGGACGGUGAUUUAUGCCCUGUUGGCGCGCUUUUUCUUACUGAACUGCUUCAUGGGCAGUGUGAUGGUGAAGCUGAGGGAUCCCGAGAUGGCAGCCGCCAUGUUUGGACAUCUUAGCCCGCUAGUCAAGGCGAUCUUCAGUUGGGAGUGUCUCAGCUGCUCGGUCACCUACGCGGAGUACUGCCUGUCGCUGGACAGUCAGAGGAGCAGGCACCUGCGACUCCUCGCCAGCAUGCAGCAGUUCGAUCUGUCUGUCGUGGAGGUGUUUCCACAUGUUAAGUGGAACUAUCAACGCUCUCGAUUGAAAUAUUGGUAUGGCACUGUAAUCGUCGGCUUUUGCUUUUUCUCCUUCUCCAUCUCCCUGAUAUUCGAUACGGCGCGUUGCACCUGCGGCAUUCCAUCCACCUUGCUGAUGGCAUUUACCUACACCCUACUGACCAGUUCCGUGGGAUUGGUGGGCUUUGUACAUAUAGGCAUCAUGGACUUUCUGCGGGUGCGCCUGCGAUUGGUUCAGCAGCUGCUCCAGCAACUUUACCAAGGGGAACAGAGUCCAGAGGUUCACGAGCGGAUUGCCCAAUUGUUCGACUUUGCCAAGCGUUGCUCUUUUCUUUUGGCGGAGCUGAAUGGAGUGUUUGGAUUUGCAGCCGCUGCUGGCCUCUUCUACGACUUUACCAUCAUGACCUGCUUCGUGUACGUCAUCUGCCAGAAGCUGCUGGACAGGAUGUCCUGGGAUCUGGAGUACGUAUUCAUGCUGCUCCACGUGGUUAUACACACCUACAAGGUGAUAAUCACUAGCACCUACGGGUAUUUGCUGCAGCGGGAGAAGCGCAACUGCAUGCAUUUGCUGAGCAACUAUUCGAGAUACUUUCCUGGCCAGGAUGUGGCCCGCCGGCAGACGGAGGAUUUCCAGCACUGGCGCAUGCACAAUCGACAGGCGGCUCUGGUCGGCAGCACAUCAGUACUUAAUGUUUCCACCAUUUACCUGGUGUACAACGGCAUGGCCAACUAUGUAAUUAUCCUGGUGCAGCUUUUAUUCCAGCAGCAGCAGAUCAAGGAGCGCCAGCUGCCACCGGGAAGGGAUGUGGACAUUUUUGGACCAAUGGGCCCCAUUACUUACAUGGAUUAAAAGGAUUAUAGUAUAAAUCGCUUACCACACAACAACACACAUUGAUUAACAAGAAAGCAAUAAAUAUAAUCAAUGGGUAUUAGUACCUUUGCAUUUUUAAUUAUCGUGCUUUAUAGC